AUGGACGCAUACGUCCAGGAAGUGCGGAAGCUGGAGAACAAGUUCUCAGGGCUGGAGAUUCAUCAUGUAAUCCAUGACCACAACAUUAGGGUAGGUGUACUAUCCAAGCUGGGAUCAACUCGUGCUCAAGUUCCAGCAGGUGUAUUCAUUCAAGAGCUAAAGCACCCUUCAAUCAAGUCUCCAGCACAAGUAACCACUGAUCCAGAGCUGCAAGGGCUAGAUCAGGAGGUCAUGAUGCUUGGAGAAGACUGGAGGAAACCUAUAUCGACUUCACCAAAGACCAAAGACUACCCGCAGGCGUUGACAAGAAGAGUGCAGUAG